CCAAUAUGGUAAAGGUGCCACGGGAGGGGGCUUAUGCCGUUAAUACUACGGACGAAAAAAGCAGGGAUGGCGUAUUUAUAAGGUAUAUCAUAUUAGUGGUAUCAUUAGCUCUUCUGGCAUUGCUGUUUGUGGUCGUUAUAUUAAUGGUGUAUUUCUUACACCCUGGUUGGGGUUCGCCUCACAUUGAAAGCGAUGACGCCCUUCCAACCGUUGCAACACAACAAGACGAUAAACCAUUCGAAGGACGUUUGCCGGACAACAUAAUUCCUGUCAACUACAGAAUUAAAAUCAUUCCCUAUCUGGACGAAGAAGAUGGGGACGAUCGUUUUUCUUUCGACGGAGAAGUUAGGAUCAGAGUGAAAUGUGUGAGAUCUACCAGUAUGGUCAUCAUGCACGCGUUGAAACUCAAUAUAGACCUCGAUUCGAUGAAAGUGACGAACGUCAACACCGGGGAUGAAAUGGGUGUGACGAAGUUGAGCACAGAUGAAGAGUAUGAUUUCGUGAUGCUUGACACCAGAAAGAAACUGAUGGCUAACCAGGAGUAUUUUAUUUCUAUGAACUACGUAGGCAUUGUAAACAAUUCAGACAUCGUGGCCUUGUAUGUUGGAACGUAUAACCUCGGUGGUGAGUCGAGGUAUUUUUUGGCAAGUCAGUUGGAAAUCGGAUACGCCCGUCGGGUGUUUCCUUCUUUUGACGAGCCCCAGUUGAAAGCUACGUUCGAUACCAUCGUGAAACAUCGCACCACGAGGGGGGCCUUGUCCAACAUGCCGAACAUUAGAAAUGAUACCGAAGGAGACUGGAAUACGGCAUAUUUCGAUACAUCGCCAAUAAUGCCGACCUACUUAGUGGCUUUUGUGAUCUCCGAUUUUGUUUGUAAAGAAGCAAUCACAGAUAAUGGAAUUAAGUUACGAGUUUGGUCGAAAGAAGCAGACAUUAACAGUACUGACUUCGCGCUUGAUUUUGGCGUCAAAGCAUUAGACGAAUUCACCAAGAUGUGGGGGAUCGACUACCCGUUAACGAAGCUCGACAUGGUAUCAUUGCCCGUUUUUAAGUUCGGUGCGAUGGAGAAUUGGGGGCUAGUUGUGUACAUCGAGAACAGAUUAUUGUAUCAUCCAGAUGAUAACGCUCCAGAACGAGCACAGAGAGCUGCUCGAAUCAUUGGUCACGAACUGGCGCAUAAGUGGUAUGGGAAUUUGGUAACGAUGGCAUGGUGGAGUGACACGUGGUUGAACGAGGGAUUUGCUAGAUAUUUUGAGUUUGAUGUCACGGAUAUAAUCUACCCCGAGUGGGAAAUCUUCGACCAGUUUUAUCCACAUCUAGUAACAGCGAAGGCAUUGCUCGCCGACGCUAGUAGCGAAUCACAUGCCACUGUUCGCCCAGACAUCGGAUGGCCAUCAGAUAUAUGGGGCCAGUUUGACAGUAGAGUUUAUGAACGGGGUUCUUGUCUUAUAAUGAUGAUGAAGAGUAUACUAGGUAAAGACGUCCUAUAUCAGGGCUUCACCGAUUAUCUAAACAAAUACAGUUAUUCCAAUGCAUACAGUGAAGACCUUUUUGAUGUUCUUACCGAGACUGCAAAGAAUGCUGGGAUUGUUGUGGACAUGAAGACAAUUAUGGACCCGUGGGUUUUACAAAUGGGAUACCCACUGAUCACCGUCACACGUAACUCGGACACCAUGGCAACAGCCACACAAAAACAUUUCUUAUACGACCCGAAUGACGUUAUACCAGAAAACAAGUACGCCAUGGGGUAUGAAUGGUACGUUCCACUGACUUACGUAGUCUCAUCUAAUAUGCAAGAUGAACAGUUAGUUUGGUUGAAUAAAUCAUCAGUAACGAUGAGAUUGCGAGGUGUAGAUAGCACAGAAUUCAUUCUGGCAAACGUCGACCAAAAGGGGUAUUUCCGCGUCAACUAUGACCAGAAUAACUGGGAUCGGCUGAUAUUACAACUCCUUAGCUAUCACGAAACGAUCCCGGUAAUCAACAGAGCUGCGUUGAUUGAUGAUGCUUUUAACCUGGCUUGGUCCGGUGAAGAGAACGUCAUACUGCCGAUGAGACUUACAGAAUAUUUAGUGAAUGAAAAAGAUUACUCUCCUUGGAAAGCGGCGAGACAAAACUUACAUAUUGUGGCUGUCAAUAUGUUGGGAAAGACGCCCGCAUUCGGUGACGCAUUGAAAUAUGUUGAGAGUUUGCUCCAGCCACUCUACGAUAAAUAUGGUUGGUCCUUCAGGGGUGAAGAUGAACCUAUCGACUAUCGUUUACAACACGAAGUACUAGAGCUUUCUUGUAUUGUCAAUAAUCCCGACUGUGUGGAGGAAUCUAUCACAAGAUAUUCCAACUGGAUGCAAGAUCCUGAAAACUACAUGAGCGGAAUACGUUCCGAUAUGAGACAGACUAUGAUGUGUAUAGCUAUUAGACACGGUGGAGACGUGGAGUGGAACUUCGCUUUCGAUCAGCUCACUCGAACAAACGACACUUUACUCAAGGAUUCCAUCAGUGUGUCACUGGCAUGCGGCACCAAACUGUGGCAGUUGGAAAAAUACUUACAGGAGUCUUAUCAUAUGUUCGCAAACCAGACUGAGGAAGACGACGAAGACUAUACGAGCAUAGCUGGUUUCAUGCGGUCGUGGGACUUCGCUGAUGAUAAGUUUAAUGUAUAUACGACGAUUGGACACGUGCGAGACAGAUCAGCUUUAGGGAAACUGGUAGCGUGGAAUUUUCUCUUGCGUAACUUCGAAGGACUGCGAAAAAGCAACGAAGACGAGGCUUUCCAAACAGCAUGGGGUUUUGCUGACAGCAUGAACACCAAGUAUGAACAAUCACAGCUUGAAGAUUUCGCCAGAAAGUACAACGACAUGCCAGAGUCACAGGUUGAAGAUUUCUACAUCGCGCUGCGUAAAAUAAAACAUAACAUCCGCUGGAUGGAAACUAAUUACGACAUUUUAGAAGAUUGGUUAAAUGAAAAAAUGAACACCGAAUAAUCUGGAAUUUUAUCACUCUGUAUUGUGCAAACUAAUUUUGCA